UGUUUGUUUGUUUGUUUUUUCCUAUCCCCACACUCCUCUCCUGUGGCCCUGGCUUCAGGCCCCUCCCCAGCAGAAGCUGCAGCAGCCCCAGUGCAGUGGUGGGAAGGGCCUGGGCAGACUUGGCAGUGCCCACUGUCCUAUGCCCCUUGCCUGGCGCCCCAGCCUGGCCCUUCAUGCCCACCCCAUGCUGGGUAGGGAGGCCCCAUUGUGAGCUGCUGCCGCCAGAGGCCACCAGGGCCCAGCUCCUGAGAGGGUUCUUCUCAGGCCUGUUUUAGUGACUUCCUCUGAACUUCUUGUGGCUGGCUUCGCCGUGGGAUUGCAGAAAGACCCGAGAGCCCCGGGGAAGCUGGCAUUGAAUCACAAGCAAUGGCACUUCCGGCACAUCCAAUCAAUGUUGUUGUUCGUAAGAAAUGGAAACAGGACGUGGCAAGAAAAAGCCAGUUUCAGGAACAGGGCUUCUCCCCUCAGGCUCCGGAAAGGGCAGGGAAAGUCUCGGUUGGCCCAUGACUGGGACCCUGGAGUCCAGACCCGAGAUCCCCACUCCCAGCCACAGGACAUGGUCAACAGGUCCCUGCCUGGCUGCCCCACCUCUGGGAGCCCUCCUGCCACCCUGGCUGGCCUCCUGCAGGCUCUGAGUGAGGUCAGGCCCCGGGAACGAGGGAGGGGCUGCUCCUGAGUCCCCAGGGCCCUGGGCUGAGUGCACCCUGCUAAGCCUCCUUGGCCCUGCCCAGCUUCCUUCAUGCAGAGCUGCUGGUGCACGUGCCCCAGAAUGAGGCAGGCACUGCCCCACAGAGAAGGCUCACCCAUCCCUUCCCUCUGUGUCCCAGGACAGGGCCUUGGCUGCUGCCCAGGAUGUCCUGCAGCAGCCCCUCCCCCAGCCAGCCUGUCCCUCAAUGCUCUCCAGCAGGCACAAGACCAGAGAGCCACAUGCUCUGUGCUCACCCUGCACACCCACCCACACACCUCCCCCCAGACCUCCUGGUCCUCGAGCCUAUGCUUCCCACAGCCCCUACCUGGUCAUCCAGGCCAGCUGCCAUGGCCCAGGAACCUGCAUCCAUCCUUCCCUUGGCCACAGUGACACCCAAGGCAGUGCUCACAGCUCAUCCCUGCCCUCAGGGCCCCUGAGGGGUCACCAGUGCCACAGCCAGUCAUGUCAUGUUGCACUGACUUCCCCAACCAACCGCCUGGGGGCCAGGACUAGAGUUUUUCCUCCAUUGUCCAUGAAUCAUGGCUAUCGCUGUCGCAUGGGUUCCUGGAGGUCUGGACCACCUGCCACAUGACAUACUCAGCAUGACAUCACGAAUGAAGCUCAUGAGCAUCAUUUUCUACAGACCAGGAGUGUCCCAGAGCACUGGAUUGCAAGAGUAGCAAGAAAGUGCCAGUGGCUGGAGCACUGCUGUCUCUCACAGUGACUGGGUGGGCCCCUCUACACUGAGGUGGUUGGGAAGGACAUGCUUCCUAGACACACAGCACACACCCAGUGCCAGAGGAUGUGGCGACUUGGUUCGGUCACGGUACCACAUCUGGCGGCGCAGUUUCCAUGUGGGCUGACUCUGGGUUGGGUUGGGUUGGGUUGGGUUCGUCCGUCACCAUCGGCCAUGGUGCUGCUGGGUUUUGUGGACCAUGUGGGUGAAGAGAGUGGGAACAGUGGGGACAGUGGGAUUGGCCAUGCCUGUAUCUUUUGAGUCUUUGGGGAUGGUCCUAAUUUCUGCAGAUGCUCAGGAUGUGUGGAAUGACUCUCUUGGCCAGGGUCUUAGAAGCUUCCACUUAUUUGUUUGGGUUUUUUUCCUGCCCAAAUGGCUCAUAAUCAUUAGGUCAAGGAACCAAUGGGUGGGCUCUGCCAACUGCAGAGUACAGGCAGCUCCUUCCCUCGGGCACGAGAGGCUGAGGGUCCCAGGACCAAUGCAGGGUGGGCUUGUCCCCAGGUCUCCGGGAGCCCUUACUCUGCCCACGGUGGUGUUCUGGGUCCCCUGAUGUCACUGCCAGCUCAGAGCCUGUACCCACAGCUCUCAAGAUUGGGAGUCUCCUGCCCAGCAAAUAGUUUCUCUGGGCCCUGGACACUGACUUCUGCGCUUUCAGGCCAGCUGCUCCUCACAUGGCAGAAAGAUCAGGAGAACCUGCACUUCCCAGCGGGCCGGAGGGCUCCGGGGGCACCAGGGAGGGCGACACCAGUGAUGGGCACACCUGGGCCAAGGGAACUUUGGGCACCCAGGCUCUGGGCCACUCAGAAACUGCCAAGCGGGCACCUGUGUGGACCAGAACUGUGUGCCUGCCCGGCCAGCCUAACCUUGCCGCUUUCACAGGGAGGCACACGGGAGCCCCUCAGAACCUGCCACGGCCCUGCAAGGAAAGCAUUCCCCUGGGGCAGGAGGCAGCGACUCUCAGCCAGGCACUGACUGCCCAAGGUCGCAGAGCCAGGACAGGGUGUGGGCAGGGCCCUCCCUCCCCCCAGCUCUGGUGCCAAGCUCUUCCCAGUGUCUUGUGCCCCACGUCCCAGCAGCCGUGUGCAGGGCAGUCAUGACCAAGUGCGGCACCCAGUGCCCUGGCUCUGAGCCCACUCCAUAAGUUGCUGCCUCACGACCCUGCAAGGAGCUUCCUCCUACAGAGCCCCUGUCCUUAUCUGCCAAUGAGACCAGGCCUGGGGCUCAGGGGGCGGCGGGGAGGGAAGGGGAGCUAAGCCCUGUGAGGAGCUAAGCCGUUGCACACAAGCAUGCAUCCUGCCCGUCGAGCGCUUGGAGAGCACAGUUAACAGAAAGAGCCAACUCCGGAGAAUAUGGAGUUUUCUUCUGAGCCAGUAUGAGUGACCGCGCCCCAGGAAAAAGUGCACACACCCAGGGAGCCCUGAGUGGGUGGUCCUGAGGCAGCCAGAGCCCAGCUCUGCUUCCUAUGAGCUUUACUGUGACAGAAUUUCAGGCAGUCAUAAUUCAAGGAGCUCCUACAUCGGUUUAGCACAGAAAGGCAGGGGGUCUUGAAGCAGGGAGGGGACAGGUCAUCAGUGGGGCCAGAGAUUCUUUCACUUGCAAUGAGUUAAAGAAGUAAAGCUUUUUCUAUGAAUGUGGAGUCAUCAGAAACGAAAGUUUUAAGUUAAGAUUAAGAAGUCUUUUAACCGAAACACUGGGUCACAGUGGCUUGUGGGGCGCGUGACUUGACCCUGGUCUGGCGGCCUUCGGUCCUGUUUGUAAUUUGUGUCAGGGUCACAGUCUUCUGAUCGCUAGGUUAACGUCGGUACUGGUCGGCCCUGCCUGAACUCCCGCAGGGAACCGGGAGAGCGAGGCGUGUCUGCCCUCCCGUCCCAUCAUGACUGGGAACUCAGUUUUUCCAGUUCCUUGGGAGUCCCUUUGGCCAAAGGGGGCCUGUUCAGUGGGUUGGGGGGCUUAGGGUUUUAUUUUUAUUUUACAGCACGCAGCACUUUUGCACACUGACAGUGUGGCCUGCACAGCUCUGGGCACAUGUCCACAGAUGUGUGGCAUGCCUGCGUCACAGAGAAUGCACGCUUCUGGUGUGAGAAUGACACAGAGAAUGCACGCUUCUGGUGUGAGAAUGAGGCUGUGUGUGAUGUGUGGGAAUGCUCAGCCCCGGGCCUGCCGCAGCCAGGUCCCUGCAGUGGGCCCUCACUCCCAGAGACCAGGGAUGGCGCCCACAGUGGGAACCUGGGCUGACCGGCUGCCCCCAGGACCCACAUCUGCAAUUGCCCCACUGAAACCCAGACAGACCCCCACACGGCCUCCCCUCCGAGCACAGGACCCUCAGCAGGUCAGGGUGGUGGUGGAAGGAUCUCCCGGCCCCUCCAGCCAGGCCCUGAGAUGCUGCUGGAAAAACAGCUGUGACAGGCAGCUCCAGGAGCCCCGGCUCAUAUGGCUUAUGUACGGCCCCCCAGCCAGCUGGCUUUCAGGAAGAUACCGACUUUAUACACAAAAUUUAUCAUUGUAACAACGGCUCCUGUAGAGCGAGGAGGACUUUUACAGCCUCUCGGAGGUCAUGAAUAAUGGAGGAGAAGGAAAGGGGCCGCUUUGGUUAGUGUUCCGAGGGGCCCAGAGGCCCCCAUUAUCUCGGCUGAUGGGAGCAGCAGAGGCCCCAGCAGCUAUGGUUCUCACUCGCAGAGACCAGUGUGGUCAUCACCCAGGGCCCCCGCCACACUCGGAGCUGGGGGGAGUGUCCAUGCUUCCUGUGUUCUUAAUAAGGGCUCUGACUUGGUGACGGGGUGACCAUACAUGGCCCUGUCAAAAGGCCCUGCCUCAGUCUGAGAAUGACAAGCUGCAGGCUCCCUGGUAGGGGCCUGGACCUCCCACUCCGGGCUGUGACCUGGGGCAGGACUCUAGCUGCAUCCACAAGCCGGAAGAGCAGCAUAUCUCCAGGCAGCCACAUGUCAGGGGCCAGUGAGCAGACACCGGAGCCAGAGCGUCACAGGUCAGCCCCACACGCCCAGAGUCUUCUCCCCCAUCCUCCUACCUCCCUCCCCACCUGAGCUCUGUGGGGCCCUGAAGAGUCCCCAGAGGCACAAAUCCUUCUUUGCUUGCCUCUAGUGACGGGGAACUCACUAUCUCACUGUCGGCUGUUCCUCCUGUGGGCAGCUCUGCCUGGUGGGAGGUUCUCCCCACUAGCCCCUGCACAGAGCAGCUUGUGCCUGAGGAGCCCCAGCCCAGAUUCCAGCUCUCACCCAGAGCAUGCGUCAGCCCCUCUAAUCCCAAACCCACACUCCUCCCUCAUUUCCCCCAUUUCCUCUCCUCCUCUCCUGGACUCCACCCUCAGGCUUCACUCCCAUCAACCCCCAGGGUGCCCGGGCCGAGCCUACCUGUGACCACCACGUGGCAAAUCCUGUGGGGACCUCACUCCUUGUCCAUCCUGACCUAGCACUGGCUGAGUGUGCCAGCAGCAAAGACCUAUUCAUGUGGCCUCUGCUGGCCCUGGACUCACCUGCCACCCCAACCCCUGCCUGCCCUCUCCCACCCCCAUGCCUUCUCUCCAGGGCCCCCUCACGGUGAUCACGGUUUAUGGGGCCUCUCAUGACCCCAUCAGCCACCAUCCCCACCCAGCUGGAGACCCUCGACCAAGCCCUGUCAGGGAGUUUCCAGCGGUCAUGAAGCAGCUGACUACCCACUGCAGAGACGAGCACUGCGAAGACGCGUUCCCACUGCAGCAGAGGGAGCUGGGCUCAGGACGGCCUCAGCUGAUGGGGGUGCAGCCCUGAGCCCUGGAGACGCCUGGAGAACCUUUGGACCCAUUUCCACCACAAGCCCUGGUGCUUCAGUCAGCACAGCCUGUGCGAAUUUCCCCCUAGGCUGUAUGCCAGACAGGGGAAGGGCCAGCUUCCAGGCCUCUGUGCAAGAGCGCCAUGGCCAACUCUCACCCCCGGGCCAACGCUGGCCUGUCUUAGGCCUGGGGUCCUUCUGCUUCAACCAGCUGUGGACCCCAUCCCCAUCUCCCGGACCCACCAGCCCUGUCUUCUCUGGCCUAGGUCAGCCUAGAGCCUCCACACCCUCCAGUCCCACCCCCUGCCCCUGCCUGGAGCCACGUAUGAGGCCAUGCUGAGGCCCAGGGCUCUCUGCAUUCCAACCAGACCAUGGUCCAGAGAGGGCUGGGAGUCUGGGCCAGCACCACAUGGCCAUGACCGGAGUAGCCACAAUCACCAGCCCUGCAGUCUCCGCUCCCACGUGCCACCCCACCCCACCCCAGCCACCUUCCAGGACCACCCCAAGGAAAACAGCCCAGACCAGCCAGCUCGCUGGACUUUCCCAGCACUCAGGACCGCCCAGUCACCGGACAUGCUCCACCCUCCCGCUGAAUGACAGCUGGCCUCCGCUGCUGUGUCCCCGGGGCACUGCUCAGGGUGGGUGCACCACAAAGACCUGGGGAGGGUGGGGCAUCCCAUCAUUCCCAGCUCACGGGGAGAGAUGAAGGUGUGGCGGGGAUCACCUGGCUGAAUAGUGAGAGCCGGGCCCAAACCUGGGCACCACGUCGUUGGCACCACUGCCCGUGGGCACAUGGGCCCACCUGCUGGCUGCGGGCAGGACUGACACAGCCGGGCUCCUCCCUGGCACUUCCUGGCACAGGCACCGGGGACCCUCUGUGGACCCGGCAGCUCAGCAUUCCCCUGGGCCGGCCUUAUCUGGCCUUGCAGAGCCCAGGCUGGAGUGAGGCGCAGUGGACGGAGGCGAGGAGGGUGCAGCCGAGCCCUAUCAGAUAAGGCCAGAAAUACGACCCUGCUGGGACCUGAGCCCCAAGCCGAGCCAUCAGCUCGCUAAUAAAUUACACGGAGCCGGUGUCCACAGGGGCAGCCCGCAUCACCUUUCCAGGGAGCACAGAGAGGGGGCAGCACCCAAGGUCUGUGGGCUGGCCGUUCCCUCCCUUCUGUCAACGAGAAGGGUCAGGAAGGAGCUGUCCUGGAGGCCCCCGCCCUCAGGCGGUGCAGCCUGACCUCUUAAAUCCAGGAGGAGCAGCUCCAGCCCUGGGAAGCCAAGGAGAGGUUCCCAGAUCAGGCACAGGCGGGAGAGGGUUCUUGUCUGGCUCCAGGACCUCACUCUUCCCAGGAAGCCAGGCUGCCAGCAGGACCAUCCAGCCUUCCUCAGUGCUGUCCCUGGAACAAGGGUCAGUGCACCAUGGCCCUCCUGCCAGUCUGGCCCGCCCCGUUCGUGUAAACACAGAGCGCACUGUAUGCCAUAUUCCCCUCUACAAGAAAAGUUUGCUCUCCCCGCCCUGUACUGAAGACAGCGGCAAAGGGAGUGCCAGUCCCCUGAACCCCGCCCCGAUGGCCGCAUUGUGCAUGCUCAGAUGGUGGGUUCCAGGCCACUGUGCCCAGGCAGUCUCUGUGCACACUGUCCCCCAGCCUGGCACACCCUGGGCUCCCGGGGGUCCUGUAGCUUGACCCAAGGGAGAUGCACCCCCACUCCUAAGAGAGCAGCAUGGGUCUCUCCACACCUCCUCCAGCAGUCCCCUCAAACAGGUCAAAGUCCCACAAACCAGGCAGGGGUCUGCCCACAUGUGCCCUCACCAGCCUCUUUCAGGCCUGCCUGUACGUGCACCAGCAGACGGGGGGGGGGGCUGGCAAGGACGGGCCGCCAAGCCUGAGCCGGGCUGCCACCUCUGGGCUGUGUGACUUUGGACAGGGUGCCUCAACUCUCUGAGCUGCACUUUCACCUACAAAUGAGGGGCAGACUCAGCAGCUGCCAGGCAGGGCGGUUGGACACCCACCCGGGACAGACCCUGAGAAAGGCUGAUCCCUCGCCCCUGCCAUUCCUCACUGACCCAGACAUUGCCCCCUCCUGCCCAGGCAAUAUCAAGGCUCGGCCAGUGUGCCCCAAAACAGCAGUUUGGGACCCAUUCUUUGCCUCUCCCUCUGGCAACCCCAGCUCAGGACUCACAGGGGCACAGGGACACAGGGGCACAGGGGCCAGGGUGGGGCGGGCACCCUCUCUACUGUGGAGGCCCCAUGCUAGGUCAGGGUCUUACUGGAGGCUGGACUCUGUGAUCACCUCACCUCCCACAGCCCCACAGUGCCCUCCCUCUCCCACUCCGCCCUGAAUUCCAAUCCAUCGGUUUUUCCAAGAGCUGCGCAGCUCCGGAACUGGCCUGGGAGAGGGGCACAUUUGGGCCGGGAGGGGCGGGAAGAGCAUCAAACUCUGGUCUCAUCUGAAAUCCUGGUCUGUUGUCUACCGGGGGCCUGGGAAACAGCCACCCCCUUCUGCUCCGGGGCCAGCGGCCUGUCCUCGGGGUCACUGCUAUUUCUGCCAAAGGGGAGAGGUAAUUAUAGCCCGGCUGCUGUCAGCUUUGCAAUCCAGCAGAGAGAGCUGGAGACGGAACGAAGGCCACAACAGACCCGGCCCCGCCGGCGGGCAGUGGCGCCUCCAGACCAGAGCCCUCGGGAAGGAGGCCUGGGCAGGCCUGGCCCGUUCACCCGUGUGCCCUGCAGUUCUGCCUGAGGCUCAUCUCUCAAGGGCCUGGGAGGGGUGCUGCCAGCCGAGAGGGUCCAGGACCUCACUGGACUGUGCCCCACAGGAAGAGCCUGAAGAGCCUGUUUCUGUCCCUCAGGGAGCCAGGAGGGAGCCAGGACCAUGUUCCAGUAAAUGAGGACUGCAGCAGGAGCCUUGAGCCCUGACUCCCGGCCAGAGACACGACAUCAGACCAGAAAGAAUGAGGAGGCCGCGUGGGGCCCACGGGCAUGCAGGGCAGAGAGGGAGGACAAGAAGUGCCCCCCCUCCAUCCUGAAAAGGAGCCGGCAGGAGCAUCCCCGCCCAGGGGCCGAGCUGCAGAGGACCUCGAGGCGUGUGCGGUUCCAAGAACCCCCAGCGGUGACUGUCCACUACAUUGCUGACAGGAACACCACGGCCACUGUUAGGGUGCCCGGCAGGCCCAGGCCACACAGCGGCUCCCUGCUCCUGCGGCUGUGCGUGUGCGUCCUUCUCGUGCUGGCCCUGGGCCUGUACUGCGGCCGGGCCAAGCCCGUGGCAACAGCACUGGAGGACCUUCAGGCCCGGCUCCUCAGCCUUGUCCUGCACCUGCAGCACGCGGCCCUCACCUGCUGGCACGGCCUCCUGCGGCUCUGAUGGGCAGGACGGGCGGGGCUUCCCAGAGAGCUCAAGCACUCCGGGGGCUCUGAGACAGCCUGAGCCCUGGCCCUGCUGCUUGGUGAAUCACGAGGGCCAAGAAGGGCUGCUGCCUGGGGGCCGACUGGGAAAAGUGGGACCCAUGGCGUGAGACUGGACAUGGGGGGCACAGUGAGCAGCCCUGCCACACUAGUCAGCACAGCCCUCCUGUCUCCUGUGUUGGGUCCACGUGAGAUUUUAUUAGAAAGAGGAUUCGACUGCUAACAGUUGGGGCUCCCUAGGCUCACCCAAAGACCCCUCCCUUGUCCCAGCAGGAGCUCCUGCUGCUGCUAGGGCCCGGCCCAGCCAUUGCCGUGUGCACCCGCUUGAGGAGGGGGGCACACUGCCUGUGUUCAAGGGGCUGCUCGGAAGAGGCAAACCCAGCCUUUUGCAAUUAGGGCCUGUGGAGAACCCAGACCUUGAAACCCCACAGGAAGGGUUUGGUUGUCAAGGUGGGUCCCUCUGAUGUGAGGUGCCAUCCUCUGAGCCCAGGUCUGACCCCCUACUCAGUCCCAUGAGUCUGGAGAGGCCCCAGGGGAGGACUCCUCAUCGGGGACAGCUUCGGGUGUAGAAGUUGAGGGGACAGCAAGGGGCCCAGACACCCCCGGCCUUCAGAACAGCCAUCUGUGCCCAGCUCUGCAGGCUGGGGGCACCCAGCCGAGCCCAGGACCAGCCAGUGCCACCCACCAGCUGGGGCCUGUAGGUCCCGGAGACCAUCUGUGGUUGUGGCUUUGUCACCAGAUUGCAGAGCUGAAGGGAGCCCUGUGGGUGACAAACACUAGGGGCCCCUCCAGACCCUACAUGGGGGGAGGGCCGAACAAAGCAGGGAUGCCCACGGUUAGGGACCAGGCAGAACUGCCCCGGAGAGACACAGGGACAAUUAGACCAGUGUCCUCGAGGCUCACCUGAGAGGGAAGGGCACAGCUGACGACCUGUCUGAUGGUUCCUCUCUGUCCCACCACUUAACUGGGAGACACUGCUCUAUUAAAACUCACCGUGGCUUCCUUCA